UAAAGCGCGGAAGGUCGCAGGCCCCUGCGGUCCCGGAACUUUUCGUUCUGCGUCCCGUUCCCCUCCCCAUGCCCCGUCCCCCUUUCCGGCCCGCGCCGACCCUCUGUAGCUGUUGUGCUGCCCUCCACUUCCGCGGGGCGUUGCCGAACGCGCUCCCCGCACUGGCGGGCCUCCGAGUUCGGAUUCUUUGGAUCUUCUCAGCUGAGACCCUAUCUCCCAGUUGGUGAUGCUUUACCGGUUGCUUUCGAUUGUCCAAAGACAAAGAACUAGCCCAGGAUGGCAGACCUGGUCAUCAGCAAGAAGCAGCACAUCCGCUGCCGAGGCACAUUCUAUUGCCCUGCCUGCCCAGGCCCAGGUGGUCAUCUGUGGGGGUGGAAUCAUGGGUACAUCCGUGGCCUAUCACCUCUCCAAAAUGGGGUGGCAGGAUAUUGUCCUUUUGGAGCAGGGCAGGCUGGCUGCUGGCUCAACAAGGUUCUGUGCUGGCAUCCUAAGCACUGCUAGGCAUUCAAGUAUUGAACAAAAGAUGGCAGACUAUUCAAACAAACUCUACCAUCAGUUAGAGCAAGAAACAGGGAUCCAAACAGGGUACUUAAGGACAGGCUCAAUCUCUCUGGCCCAAACUCAGGACCGGUUGAUCUCUCUGAAGCGCAUCAACUCAAGGCUGAAUGUUGUAGGUAUCCCUUCUGAGAUCAUCUCUCCGAAGAAAGUGGCUGAACUUCACCCUCUCCUCAAUGUGCACGAUCUGGUGGGGGCCAUGCAUGUUCCUGAGGAUGCAGUGGUGUCCUCUGCUGAUGUGGCUCUUGCCCUGGCAAGUGCUGCCUCCCAGAAUGGUGUUCAGAUUUAUGAUCGGACAAGUGUUCUUCAUGUAUUGAUCAAAAAAGGUCGAGUUACUGGUGUGGAGACAGAUAAAGGACAGAUUGAAUGCCAGUAUUUUGUCAACUGUGCUGGUCAGUGGGCAUAUGAGCUGGGUCUGUCCAACGAGGAGCCGGUUAGUAUCCCGCUACAUGCCUGUGAACACUUCUACCUUCUGACUCGUCCCUGGGAUACCCCUCUGCAGAGCAACACACCAACUAUUGUGGAUGCUGAUGGAAGAAUUUACAUCAGGAACUGGCAGGGUGGCAUAUUGUCUGGAGGCUUUGAGAAGAACCCAAAACCUAUUUUCACUGAGGGCAAGAACCAGUUGGAAAUUCAGAACCUGAGGGAAGAUUGGGAUCACUUUGAGCCCCUGUUGAGUUCCCUCCUGCGUAGGAUGCCAGUAUUGGAGACUCUGGAGAUUUUGAAGUUGGUGAAUUGCCCUGAGACCUUCACACCAGACAUGAAGUGCAUCAUGGGCGAGUCUCCUGUAGUACAGGGCUACUUUGUCCUGGCAGGGAUGAACUCUGCUGGCCUGUCGUUGGGUGGAGGAGCUGGAAAGUUCCUUGCUGAAUGGAUGGUCUAUGGUUAUCCCUCUGAAAAUGUCUGGGAAUUGGACUUGCAGCGCUUUGGAACCCUCCAGAGCAGCCGCACUUUUCUGCGCCACCGGGUCAUGGAAGUCAUGCCUCUGAUUUAUGAUCUGAAGGUUCCCCGUUGGGACUUCCAGACUGGGAGGCAGUUACGUACAUCUCCUCUUUAUGACCGGCUAGAUGCUCAAGGAGCCAGAUGGAUGGAGAAACAUGGAUUUGAGAGGCCAAAGUACUUUGUUCCACCCAAUAAGGACCUUCUUGCCUUGGAACAGAGCAAGACUUUCUACAAGCCAGACUGGUUUGAUAUUGUGGAGUCUGAAGUGAAGUGCUGUAAGGAAGCUGUGUGUGUCAUUGACAUGUCUUCUUUUACAAAGUUUGAAAUCACUUCCACGGGGGAUCAGGCAUUAGAAAGUCUGCAGUACCUUUUCUCCAAUGACCUGGAUGUGCCUGUAGGCCACAUUGUGCACACUGGCAUGCUCAAUGAGUAUGGAGGGUACGAAAAUGACUGCAGCAUCGCACGCCUGAACAAACGCAGUUUCUUCAUGAUCUCUCCAACUGACCAGCAGGUCCACUGUUGGGCCUGGCUUAACAAAUACAUGCCGAAAGACAGCAACUUGCUGCUGGAGGAUGUCACCUGGAAAUACACAGCCCUCAAUCUGAUUGGCCCUCGGGCUGUGGAUGUACUAUCUGAGUUGUCUUAUGCCCCUAUGACUCCAGACCACUUUCCAACUCUGUUCUGCAAGGAGAUGAGUGUGGGCUAUGCAAAUGGGAUCCGCGUGAUGAGCAUGACUCACACAGGAGAGCCGGGGUUCAUGCUGUAUAUCCCCAUAGAGUAUGCUCUGCAUGUCUACAAUGAGGUGAUGAGUGUUGGACAGAAGUAUGGAAUCCGGAAUGCUGGGUAUUAUGCUCUUCGAAGUCUCCGAAUUGAGAAGUUUUUUGCCUUCUGGGGACAAGACUUAAACACCCUCACCACUCCCAUGGAAUGUGGAGGAGAGUCUCGUGUGAAGUUAGAGAAGGGCAUAGAUUUCAUCGGUCGGGAUGCCCUGCUGCAGCAGAAGCAGAAUGGGGUGUAUAAACGCCUUGCUAUGUUCAUCCUGGAUGACCACGACACGGACAUAGACUUAUGGCCUUGGUGGGGAGAACCCAUUUAUCGGAACGGGAAGUAUGCUGGCAAAACCACCAGUAGUGCCUAUAGCUACACUCUUGAGCGCCAUGUAUGCCUGGGUUAUGUACACAAUUUUUCUGAGGACAAUGGGGAAGAACAGGUGGUGACAACGGAUUUCAUCAACCGAGGAGAAUAUGAGAUCGACAUUGCAGGACAUCGGUUUCAGGCCAGGGCCAAGCUCUACCCUGUCACCUCCUUUUUCACUCACAAGCGUAGAAAGGAUGAUGUGGAGCUGAGUGACUUUCAUGGGAAGUAAUGUCAAGACAUUGUCCCUUCCUCCCUUCUCUCACCAUGAGGAGCAUCAUUCUGGGAGCUUUUUCCUUCGUCCCUGUCUUCUUACUGAAGGUAUCUUUGUCCCCUCGCUUUUCAGAUUGCCCUACUUUAAACAUUUUCCUUGAAAGCCUUUUUGUCCUCCCAUUUCCUUUUCAUUUGCUGUUACCCCUCCUCACAAUCCAGGCUCUUCUCACCCCUCCAGCAGGCCAGUCCCACAGUGGAAGGCAGGAGCCACACUGAUUUUUAGAUUCAUCUUAAGGCAAGUUGGUAUUAUUUCUUAGGGCAGAAUCUAACUACUCUGGGCUGGGGUUCUUAGAGUAAUCUGCUAAUUUUGGUAGAUUACUGUGUGUCUGCUGUAGCCCUGGUAAUAGCUUAUAUUUUAAGAGGCAGAUGAUUCUAUUCCACUGUGCUGUAGGGUACCACCUGAUACCUCUUAACCAUCUACCUCACUGAGAGGGAUUGCAUGGACACUGCCUGCCCUGUGGAAGGGACAAGUAGUUAACCUGGUCCCCAGCCCUCCAACUUUUUCUUAGAUGUUUAGGCCAGGGCCACCUGUCUGCAAUAUUAUUUCUGCUAUUUUGUAUGAGGUUGUUUGUUUUUUAGCUGAGUAAACAAGUGUGCCAGUAUUUGAAAGGAAAAACAAACAAAACAAAAUAAAACCCAUGUUGCCUUUUGUGUUGCUUUUCCUAGCAGGAGCAGUGUGAACUCCAAGGCUGAGAAGUUGUUGCUUUUCUGUCAGCUACUCAUAGGUCAGCUAGCUAUCCAUGAUUUUCUUCAGAUGGCUUCUAGCCUCACUGUGCCUUGUGUAGUUUGCCUGUGACCUCAACAUUCAUUCCUAUCCCUUUAGAAGAGAGAGGAUUGUGUGGGUUGUCUUGGGUGAGUAAGUAAACCAUGCUGUUCAUACUGCGUUCCAGAGAGCUACCAGAGCCUCAGGCUUCCCACGGCUGGCAUGAACAAAGCCACGUACAGAUGGCCAUUGAGAGCUGUAAGUACAAUGCUCUUCUUCCCCAGCUCCCCACUCUGGCCCCAUAGAACCUCUGGAAUGGAAGUGCCUGGAGUACUCACCAAAUGUGCACCUCACAUUUCGAGGGUACUGCUGUUUUCUUUCUGUAAUAUGGUUUCUCGUUAGAGUUCAGGUUGGCCUCAAAUUUGCAGUUAUCCUGCCUGAGUCUCCUGAGUACUAGGAUUUCAGGUGUGGGGACAGGAUGUUUUCUGAAGGUGAAGCUUGGGUGGCGGCAGGCUGUGCUAUUUAACACCAGCACUUAAAUUUUCUUCUAUAUACAAACUGACCUAGUCUGCACUGGAGAACCUUUAAUUCGACUGUAGUUCUCAGUAACUGGAAACAUUGGUUCUGCUAAAUUUAUAUUACUAGAAACCUUUCAAAAAUCUCAAGUGUUUCUUUGUCAUUUCUGUGGAACCUGUUAUCUACUCAGACUGGUUCUUUUUAUACGUUUCUUGCUAUUUUCUCCAGCUAGGCCAGUCUAUUUGGCUUCUGAGAAGAUUUUAACUGACUUAUUAAAGGGCACACGAUUAGAAUUUGGUGUGAAGGGAAAUUGCUAUUUUGGAGAAAAUGUGUAUAACUCCGCUAGAAAGCUGAGCAAAGCAGCAGCGAGCUGUUGAGUCAAGAGCAGACCCUUGGCUGACCUGUGAAGAUGAAAGCAGAGAUGCACCACUCCAGGGAUCUGUGCUGUGAAAUGUGCUUGUAAGGCUGCACAGCCUGAAUGAAAGCUGACUUCAAAUUGAAUACAGAUUUUGAGCAAACUUGCCCUUUUAACUUUUGGAAGUGUUACCUCUUAAGUUCCAAAUUGAGGCAGGGGGCCUUCCAAAACAGUAAUAGUAGCCGGGCGGUGGUGGCGCACGCCUUUAAUCCCAGCACUCGGGAGGCAGAGGCAGGCGGAUCUCUGUGAGUUCGAGACCAGCCUGGUCUACAAGAGCUAGUUCCAGGACAGGCUCCAAAACCACAGAGAAACCCUGUCUCGAAAAACCAAAAAAAAAAAAAAAAAAAAAAAAACAGUAAUAGUUUAAAAUUGGGUGUCAUCAAAAGUAUUUUCAGCAUAGACUGAUUUCUUCUCUGUACUUCUUAAUCUCUCGUUACUUAAUUAGCUGUCCUUUCUAAGUAGGAAGGAAAGUGCUAUAUUUAAAAUUCUAUAGCAACUUUUGGGCUGGAGAGAUGGCUCAGAGGUUAAGAACACAGGCUGCUCUUCCAGAGGUCCCUAGUUCAAUUCCCAGUAACCACAUGGAGGCUCACGACCAUCUGUAUGAGCUAUGGUGCCCUCUUCUGGCCUGUAGGAGUAUGUGCAGAAAGAACACUGUAUGCAUGAUCAAUUGAUCUUUUAAAAAAUUAUAAAUAAAAUUAUAUAGCACCUUUCUUAGUGUUCAGCUAGAAGUCCUGGCUGUUGCUGAUAUCAACUUUUGAGCUUACAGACAGUGCUUGUCUUGCUAGGAUGGCAUGAGAUGGCCUGAGAGUGGGGCACACAGGGCUGUUUGAAAUGCCUUCUCGGGGGAGGGUCAUGGGCCUGUUCCUUCAACUGUGAUUAGGCAUUGGAUUUUGAGUUGCCACUUGCUUACUAUAUACCCCAAAACAAACUUAUAUUUGGCACUAAAUGCAUUCUUAGAAUUUCUCUUGGCCAUUCAAACAUAAGUAAUUGCAAAUCUGACCCCCCCCCCCCAUUUUGCCCUGAUAUAAGUGCUUUAAAUAGACUGUUCUCUUCUACUAAGCCUGCAGCUUUUCCUAUGCUUGGUGUCAUAAGCACCAUUUAACCUGAAACACCUGAUUCCCUCCCCCCAGUGUUGAUAGAGCAUUCUGGGCUCCUCAGGAGUAAAUACAGGUUGUUAACAGAAAUGCUAGUCUAGAGCAGUGGCACUCAACUCGUGAACUGCAAUCCCAUUGGGGUCACCUAAGACCAUCGGAAAACAUUUACAUUGCAAUUCAUAACAGUAACAAAAUUACAUUUAUGAAGUGACAAUGAAAAUAAUUUUAUGGUUGGGGGGUCACCAUGACAUGAGGAACUAUAUUAAAUGUUCACAGCAUUGGGAAGGUUGAGAACCACUGGUCUAGAGGCAUGAUUGAAAAUCCAGGAAGAACAAUCGCUGUACAUCCUAAGUUGUGUGACAUUUUGUGACAGCACAGUUUGGGGAGCCGGUUAGCUUAAGGGAAUGUAAACACUUCAGCUUUAGAUGACAGAUUCUCUGGGAUAAUCUGUUGUCACAUCUACUUACCAGAGAUGAGGAGUUCCAUGUUCUCUUCUUUGAUUUAUAGUAGCAAUUAAAUCUCUUUGAACAAUUAUAUUGAAGACCUAGGAUUGGGAGUUUUCUGUGAGCCUUGAAAUAUUAUGAAGAUAUUCUUUUCUCUUAGUUGUUCAUUACACAAAGCCUGUUUCUCAGUACUUCCAUAGCCAUCUGAUAGAUAAGUAGCAUAGUAUCAACACAGCACAGGUCCAUCUCGUCUUUAUGUCUGUAGACACAGAGUGAGCAUCAGCCAGUGAGUAGGAGAGUGUCUGAGCUAUAGCUGUGCCCUGUGCGCAUGUCAGAAAUGGUAAGCCAGCUGGGGCCUCCUCUCCCUCUGCCUGCACUUCUUUUGGUCUCCUAGGUGCUGCUCUGUAAGCUCCCAUUUUCAUGCAAUAUGGGGUUUGCUUCUGCAGUUCCCCAACAAUACGAACACACUGCUCUUCACAAGGAAUGAGUGUUUCACACAUCUUUGUCUUUUCUUAGUAUGUUAAACUUCAGCAUUUUUUUCUAAGACUCCUGACCUUCUAAGCAGUUGUCUACAUUUGAAUUAUAUAUAUUUUUCCUCAUAUUUGAUUCGCCUGUUUUUAUUCUUUGCAGACAUCUACCUCCUUGUCUGUGAGGGACAGAUUACAAGAGGAGGGGGAGUUAUCUUUAUCAUGUUUUAAAAGAUCUAUGCCAGGAUUUCCUUUGCACACUAAGAGCUGAAGCUUGCUUGGAAUACUCCUCUCAGCCUAGAUCUAGUGCCUUACUCUCCAGUAGUGGACUGGGGUAGGAAGGAAGAAUGUUCGGUCUGGGUUCUCAUCACCCCUGUCAGCCUCCUUCCUCAGGGUAGUCUGGGUGUGGGGUGGAAAGUGCAUAGCUCAUCUCACUGAAAGCUUCUUUAAGUUCACGCUUAACUCUCCGGUCAGUGCUUAAGACAUGAACACCAUUGUAAUCACCAUAAAGUUCUGUACAUCUGCAUGUAAUGUGGCUCCCUCAGCUCCCUUCUGUCCCCGUGUAGUGUCAGUGUGUGGUCCCGAGGACGCUCUAGAUAUUGGAGUAAAUAAGAGCUUUUCCCAAGAGCAGAUUCAGCUGACUUUGGACACAUAGGGUGGGUAACUGCAUUUCAUGGCCAGAAUUAUUUCUGGAUGGCUGAAUUUGAGAUUUUCUUUUCAUGUAUUAGGUAUAUAAAUGAAUAAAAAUGUUUUCAUUAACUCUU